AUGGAAAAAAUGGAUACUUUGUUGGACAAUGAGAUCCCAGAAAUGAAAAAUCAAAAAAAAAAGAAAUGUACGAUUGACAACUGCCAAUUUUCAGCCGUGCACAACCACCACUUAAAGUAUCACAUGCUGACAAAACAUGGAAUAGGACAAAAACUUACGUGUCCAAUUUGCCCACACACAUGCGCAAACAACUCCAAGCUCAACUGCCACAUGAAGAUUCACUCAGAACUGAGGUCUCACUCGUGCCAAACAUGUGGAGCCUCAUACAAAUUACCGUACCCGUUGAAACAGCAUUUCACUAAAUAUCCAUUGCACGUUCCAACCACAGAUGCAAAUUCACCAGCUCCAGAGCCCAGAAGGAAACGUGAAAAGAAACAGCAUUCAACAAACAAUGUGGAAAACAUCAAAAUAAAAGAAGCCGGUAAUGUAAAUGGAAGUGGAAGGGCCAAUGAAGGAGUGCAGGAAUCAAGGGAUCAUGGUUGCACUAUAUCAACUAAAUCAAAUGGAAAGUUGUCCUUCACCGAUAUUUUAGGGCUUAAAUGGAUAAUAGGGAAUAGAGAACAAUUGAACUAUGAAAACGAUUGGCAGAUGUUGGAACGAUCAAAUCUGUUUUACGGUUAUCGUGGGCUUAAAACGCGUAGAAUAAAAGAAUAA